CGUCACGCCAUGAUGAAUACACGAAUCGCACACGGAACAAUUUCGCUGUUUUCGAAUGGAACAAACGAACGGCUGAGUCGGUUGGAUAAUCGCCGUCCAACACAAAACACAGCCCAUACACGCCAGUGUGUUCAUGUACUACUACUAGACUAAACUCCGCUAUCAAAGAACUUGUUGACAAAAUCACCUCGCUUCUACCGUACAGCUUUUAUUGAUCCGGAGGCCGUGGCGACGGAGAUUGGCCCAAGUCACGCCACGCUGUCACGGGAAGCAUACAAUUACGGCGACGGCUGGCUGAGCCCGGGGUGGUGUACGGUACGCUACGGGCAGGCACACGGUCGAGCUCCGAGGGGGGCUGUUUGUUUGACUUAACGGAGUUUGCCCAGCUAGUUCGCCAUUUGCUGUUAUCGUGUCAACGAGCGAUAGUCGAGCUGCACUGCAUGCACUACUCGCAUCUAGCUCUACGAAGGUCGACCCGUAUACUGCGUCGAAGUUGUCCAGCUUUUGCUCUUGCAUGACCGCUUUUGAUGCCAAGCCACCCAGUAUGGCAAACCAAGUCCAGGAGACAGAGCAGGAACCAAAAGGUGCAGUGAACCACUCGCCUCCCACCACACCUGCUGAGGUCAAGAUCAAGACGGAGAUCAUGGAGGUAGCCGCAACCGACGAGGCCUGUGACCUGGCGAAGGUCAGCGGGGACAAAGAUCACGUGGAGAGGUCAGGGUUCGCGUCGGACAAGGAGGACAUGGAUGAGGAGGAUGAGGAGGACUUUCUGAAUCACGAAUAUUCAAACGGCCUGGACGAGGAGCGCUUUUCACCCAUGAGCGGCAACAUAGACUUUGGAAUGAUGUCAGGGGACCUGCUCCGAAGUGAAGACUACCAGCCAUUUCGGGAUGUGGAAGGCAACCAAGUCUUGGAAGUGGACUGCGGGUCUAACAGAGCCUUGCUCUACGUCAACAAGCUCUGCCAGGGAAGUAAAGGCCAGAGCAUAUUGUUUGAGAACCGAUGGCACACGCCAAACGAGUUCCAGUUCAUCAGUGGGCGAGAGACGGCCAAGGACUGGAAACGAAGCAUCCGGCACCGCGGCAAGAGCCUUAAGAUCCUGAUGUCACGUGGCCUACUCCAGGCCCGCACGAGACCAUCCGAUAAGAGGAACGCUUCCAAUGGCUGCCUUGCAAGCCUGAACAACAGUGCGACAGAGAAGAAGCGGAAAUUGGGGCAGGAGUCAGAGCCGAGCCAGUUGAACCAAAUCAUCAACCAUCUCCACCAGACCAACGGUUCCCAUCUGCUGGGCGCCAGGGAUGGCUCAAGAAAGAGAAGCAUGGCCUCUGAAUACAGGAACGGGAAGCGCUCGCGCAGUACCUCACCAACAGAGGGCGACAUUUACGAUGAGCAGCAGAGAUGUAUCUUCCAGGCAGCAAACUCGCCCGAACCUCAGAAUAUCGAAAAUGCACGUAAAUCUCUGAACCUGAGCACCAACAGCCCCGACUCGCCCCUGAGCAGCACCAGCGGGCAGAGCUCACCGGUAUCCUUUGUCCUCGGCGACCCCCAGUCCCUCACCAAUUACGACAAGCAAGAUGUUCUGAUGGCGCACAAGUCUCGGAAGCAGAACUCCCCUCAGCAUUUUGAGAUGCACGGAGCUGGAGACAAAGAAAGGGAGAUAAGCCGAAGUCCCCACAUUGUACUCGUCUCAUCGUCAAACAGCGCAGCAUUCCAAAAAGGACAAGCCAGUCUGAGGCCAAGGUUUCACUCACAUCAACCAGGCACUCGUAUCAAUGGUAAUGCCCUCAUCACCGGCCCUCAACAGCCGUUGACAGGCCAGGGGGAGGGAAGUAGACGCACCCAGUCCCUGCUGACCCCCACCGCAAAAACACCCUCUGUCAAGAUGAUCGAGCUGACCAGACCAGAUGCUGUGCCAAAGACACCAGCCUUUCCAGACAACCGGAACAACAGUGCCCACAAUUCCACUCAUAGUGCGGAUGGUGUCAGCCCGUCUGCCCGAACGCCAAACAAUGACGCUGUGUUUUUGCCAAGUGAUAUGAGCCUGUGGACGGUAGAUGAUGUAGCGCAGUUCAUACAGUCGCUAAAAGGUUGCGAAGAGUACGUUCAGGUCUUCCGAGACCAGGCCAUCGAUGGCGAGAUCCUUCCAGUCUUGACCGAAGAUCACCUGCUGCAGAACAUGGGUCUCAAGCUGGGGCCGGCCCUCAAGAUCCGCCUGAGAGUGGCCCGGCGACUGGGCUUCACGUUGGACGGCCAGUACUGCCAGCUUAAGCCGCCAUACGAGGAACCGCCAACGCACUGACAGAUUUUAUUUAAGGGGACAAUAGUGUGAUCAAGCAUUUUAACUGUGUGGUUUGAGGCCGGUUAGGAGCCUGGGGCUAAUUAUUAAAGUAAACAACAACUAAAUACCAGUCACAAGCAAUGUACAUCGCAUGGAGUUUAGACAAGUAACCUGAUUAUAUUAAGCAAGGGUUUUUUGUGCUUAAGCAAAUUUUGUGCUUAAGCAGCUCUAUGAAAUUGGCCUCAGGUCACCUCUGAACCAUGGUGAAGGCCUUUUUUGGCAACCAGGCCUCUGACCAGUUUUUUAAACAUCUCGGGUUUUUUCCUGCUCAAUCACAAUAUAAUCCCCAUUCAUUAAUACCUUUUUGGCCUAAAAAACGUAGUAAAGAAGCUUAAAGAAUGACAGAACUUCCAACAAUUUUGUUCUUCCUUUUUGUGUUAUAUUGCUAUCCAUUUUGGGGCUGUUUCUGUUGUGUGAGCAACAAGUGAUGUCUGUUUUUUGUUAACAUGUAAGUUGUGUAUAAUGUUAAUAUGUAAAUAAAUGUAAAUUAAAUGUACAGAAUGGUGCUAUGAGAACUGGUGCUGGUUCUUACCAGUGAGGAAUGGAUACCGGUGACACAUAUGGUACAGGACUAAUUGUUACCGCACAACUAAUACCACUAUUAACAAAGUGACAGCAGCAAUAUAUAUAUAGAAAUGCAAUUUUGGAAUAUGCAAUUAUCUAAAACAGUAUUACCUUAACUUGAACACUAGUGCCUCAGUUUUAUUUCACCUUUGCAAGAAGUAAACUUUUCUACUGUGAAAAAACACCCGGAUAGAUUUUCAAACCUCAUAUUGAUAAGCAGUUAAAAGUUGUUUGUUUUUGUUUACCUUGCUUGAACCUACUUGAUAUUAAAAAAAAAUUCCAUGAACUUGUAAAUAUGUUAAUACCGUUAAUCCUUUCUCUUUUUUUAAAAUACUUUGAUAGUGUUAAGGAUGUGCAAUUUGCCAAUUAUAACAAUUUUUUACCGUGACUUCUUUAGUACCUCGUAAUAUUCACGUUUCAUGUUGGUUGUUAAAACAUAUAAUAUGCCUUUGUUAACCAAUUUGAUCUUUUGAAAAGUUGUACUUAUCUAAAGUUAUUAUUGAUAUGUCCCCCCCCCCACCAGUUUAGUUAUUGAUGCUUCUUUAGAGUUUUAUUGUUUUGUAAACUUUCAACAUAUUCUGUAAUUUGUAUGUAAAAACAUUCUUAUAUUAUAAGUCUUAUUUAAUUUGUAUCUUAUUUGCAUCAAAAGAACCAAAAGCCAUAUAUUUCUGUUUUCCGUUCCAACUUGUUUUCCUAAAAAUGAAAUCCUCGAAAUAAAUUGGCUUUAACCUUUCUAAUGAUCCCCCCCCCCCAAAAAAAAUGCUUCGAACUGUGCCUGGUCUACAUUAAAGGGCACAUGGUGUACAUAUAUAUUUGGAUGGACAUGGUAUAUUUGGAUGGACAUGUGAAAACUUGUUUAGUGCCUUUCAAUUUGUCCCUGUCAAAGUUGAUGAUAAACUAGUCCUUUCAGUAACAAAAAUAUAAAUCAACUUUUUAGAGACUUUGAAUAUUUUGAAUACAUUGCACGCUUCAAACUUUAUGGACCAACAACAGGAAUAAAAUAGCACAAUUAUUAAUUGUU